AUGGCUCCCAACCAAUCGGCACGACACCAGAAACGUUCCCGGGCAAGCGAUGCCGCAGAGAAGGUAUCGCGGCCGGGCGAAGAGCGAAGCAAGCGGCGCCGUACCUCCGAUGUUAUCGAUACUCAAAGCCCAAAGAAAACCAAGGCUUCCAGCAGUACCGAAGUUGCGAUCAAUGGCGACGCUCCCUCCAAGGCACUGCAAGAGCGAAAGAGUUCCGCGCCAUGGUCAUUUUCACGCCCCGUGGGUGGCCGCUAUACCAACCUAGACCCAGUCAUGACCACAGAUGAGGCAUACCUCUUCCUGGGACUUGACACUUCCGUCCAGGUCUUUGCAACCGCUACAUCUCGCCUUUUGCGUACCCUGCAAAUGGAAGCCGGCCAAAAGGUCAUUGGGUACCAACUCUGCCCUAUCGAAUCCGACAUACUUUAUAUUUUCACUCCUGGCUUUGUGACCAAGUGGGACUGGGAUUCUGGAAAGCGGCUCGACCGCUGGGGUACUGAUGCUACAACUGUUGCCGUUGACCUAUCACUGGUCGAGAAGAAGGACCGACUUGCAUCAUACUCUAUCGUGUCUCAGAAGGAUGGAAAGAGGCAGAUUCUGAUCAACUCGUUGGGUGAAAAGAAGCUUGCCGGUAUCUCGGUCCUUGUGACUAGCGAGCCGAUCAACAACAUUAAAGUUGCAUGCGGAGGCCGAGUCAUUGUCGCUUGUGAUGGGUCUCAUCUUUUCCUGGGUACCACCUCAAGUGUUGAUCUUGAAUCUCCCGAGUCUACUAAAUACACAUGGCGGGAGGCGACCCUUCCAGCUCCUGCCACCUGUUUCCACCUGCGCGAGAAUUCCGAUGAAAGUUCGGGAUCCUCCGGCCCAGUGGUUGACUUGGCAGUUGGUGAGACGGGCGGAUACAUCUUGAUCUAUCAGGACAUUCUCAGCACGUUGUUUGGUCGCUCUGCGGAUAAGAAAUCAACCCCCCGGAAGUUGCAUUGGCACCGAGGCGCUGUCAGUUCUGUGCGAUGGUCAAGAGACGGCAAUUAUCUUAUCUCCGGUGGCCAGGAAUCGGUCCUGGUGCUGUGGCAGCUAGAUACCGGAAGAAAGCAGUUCCUUCCUCAUCUCUCCUCCCCCAUCUGCAACAUUGUCGUUUCACCGAACGGAAACUCGUAUAUUGUCAAACUGGCCGACAACUCGGUUAUGGUCUUGUCUGCUCGAGAACUACAGCCCUCCGCCAACGUGACGGGCCUACAAUUGAGCACUGAAAUCACGAGCUACAAGGACUCCUCUUCAAAACGGCCUUUCGGUGCCGUUGCGGCCUUGCACCCGCAGUACCCCGAGCGACUAAUGGUCACGGUCCCCGCUUCUUAUCACAUCAGUCAACAGGGGCACCAGCGCCCAAGCUCUGCUGUUCUCCAGACGUUCGAUAUUCGCUCUAACUGUCACAUCUCUCGCCAAGCUCUGGCACGCACAAACGCAACGACCUUGGACAUUGGCCCAGAUGGAACCCCCAUUGUCGCCCCUGAUGUCCGUCAGAUGGACAUCGUACAGGAUGGAAAAUGGUUGGCCACCGUCGAUUCAUGGGUGCCGAAUCCUCAAGACGUAGAGGCUUUGACUUCCACUACUUCAAAGAAUGACCUGGCUUCAUUGCGUCCGGAGGUAUUCCUCAAGUUUUGGAAGUGGAGCGCAUCCACCGACAAUUGGGAAUUGGUGACGCGCAUUGACGGACCGCACUUUAGUGAUUCCCGUCAUUCUACAGUCCUCGGUCUGGCGGCUCGCCCUUGCUCCCACGAGUUUGCGACUCUUGGAGCCGAUGCAUUCCUCCGUUUCUGGUGUCCAACCGCCCGACACAGAAGUGGCCUGAAUACCGAUGCGUCUAAACAAAAUCUCGACACUUGGAAAUGCCGAAGCAUGGUCGAUUUGAGUGCAUCCAUCGACAAUGCCACCGAGGCUCUUGAGACAGCCUGUAUAACCUUCUCCGAAGACGGCUCUGUGCUUGCUGUUUGCUUGCCUUCUCAUUCUGGACCAAGCGAUGGUAUUGUUCUCCUGGUCGAUGCCCGAGACGGCACUGUGCACUAUCGCCGAACUGGUGUCUUCUUUGGAAAGCCCUUCUCCGCCAGGUUCCUCGGAAAAUAUCUGAUUGUGGCUUCUUCCGGGUCUGUGGCUGUUUGGGAUACCGUGGACGAUGUCGUCAAGCCAAUGGAGCUCACCGAAUCUACCAGCUCGGCCGAUGUGGCGUUCCAACCCUUGAUUGCAGUCAAUUCCCGAACCGGGACUCUUGCCCUCGCUAUCCGCGUUGGUGGAACCUCAAACAACCCCCAAAAGAAGCGACGCAAGGCUCGGUACCAUAUCCGAAUCUACGACGUACCAUCCUUUGAUCUAGUAUUCCAAGAAACUCUUGGCUGCAGCCCCCUGGCACUCCUUUCAGACACAUUCACCGGCGAUUACAUCAUUAUCGAUUCAACCGCGAGUGUGCAGCGCCUCGGCUGCUUGGAGAAGACAUCGCAGAAGAGCACACAGCCACAGGAAGUGACCAGCCAGCUGAACUCAGGACUUGCGAAUAUCUUCAGCCAGACUCACGAGCGACCUGCCGCGUUGCCUGUCAUUGAAGAUGACGACUCGAAUUCUCAAAAUAAGGCGCUGGCCACGGUGUUUGGAGACACGCCGUCCUUCUCAUUGCCUUCUAUCGGUGUUCUCUUCAGGAAUGUGGUGCAGACACUGGGCUCAAGCUAA